UGAUGGAAUUACAUUACACACACAGAGUGAGCAAGAGAGAGAUUCAAUUAUAUUAUUUGGUUUGAUUUAUAUCAGACUUCUCUCCAGCUUGCUUCACUGACCAAGUGAGUGACUACACUGUCGUCUCUCUGCUUGGCUGCUCCCCACUCCCCAGGAAGUUACUGUCGUUUUUUGCUCAUUCAUUUGAACCCCAGAAACUAUUGCUGUCAUUUGUCAGUACCCAGUACUCACUCAUUCACUCCUAACCAAGCCGUAGAACCCUGGCAUUGUUCUCUCCUUGCUCCUCUCUCUCUCUGCACUAUCAACCUCCUAAACCACACCAUACCUCAUUUUGUAGUCUCUAGGGGAAAAAAGAUUAACACAAUCACACAUGGCUACUUUAUCUUUCUUCUCCUUCAGCUUCACUCUUCUUCUACUUCUCACUACUAGAGGUGUUUCAGGUGCUACAUUCACAUUUGUAAACAGGUGUGAGAACACUGUAUGGCCAGGUAUUCUUGCAAAUGCAGGCAGUCCUAGACUCGACAGCACAGGAUUCGAGCUCCCAAAAGACACUUCACGUUCAUUCCAAGCUCCAACUGGGUGGUCCGGACGUUUCUGGGCCCGAACCGGGUGUAGCUUCGACGGAUCCGGAUCCGGGUCGUGUCUCACAGGCGACUGUGGCUCCGGCCAAGUAGAAUGCAACGGGUUCGGAGCUGCCCCACCCGCUACUCUAGCCGAGUUUACACUCGGGUCGGGCGGGCAAGACUUUUACGAUGUUAGUUUAGUUGAUGGGUACAAUCUUCCAAUGAUUGUUGAAGGGAGUGGCGGGUCGGGUCUGUGCACUCCGACGGGUUGCGUUUCGGAUCUGAACCAACAGUGCCCACCCGAGUUGAGGGUCGGCAAAGGUGACGCGUGUAAGAGCGCGUGUGAAGCGUUUGGGACACCGGAGUAUUGUUGCAGCGGCGCGUACGCCUCACCCGCCACCUGUAAACCGUCCGUGUAUUCGGAGAUGUUUAAGGCUGCUUGUCCUAAAUCCUAUAGCUAUGCGUACGAUGAUGCCACGAGUACCUUCACUUGUACUGGUGCUGAUUAUACGGUGACGUUUUGCCCUUCCUCUCCAAGUCAGAAAUCUUCAAGUUAUUCACCACCAAUGACAUCAACAGCAUCACAAGGGUCCGGGACACAAUCCGGGUCAGGGUAUUCGGUUGCCGGUUCAGGAUCCGGGACAGGGUCAGAAUCCGGGGUAGGUUAUUCGGUUACUGGGUCUGGGUCUGGAUCAGGAUCCGGGUCAGGAUCUGGAGAAGCAGAGUUAGCAGAUGGGUCAUGGUUAGCUGGUUUAGCUAUGGGAGAUUCACCAAGAACAGUCUCUCCCAACACUUUACUAUUAGCCUUGGCUACUUUGUCUAUUACUCUCUCAGUUCUUUAUUAAUCGUAGCCCAUCACUUUAACCUCUAGCCAUGGCUUUUGAUAGUGUGAAUGCUUGUCAGAAUUGCAGCGCCUUGAGUGGUGAUUUUUUUUGCCUUUUGCUAGAAAAGCUGACAGAUUCCUCAAGAUUGUAAACCAUCCACCAUGUCAAGGUUCCCUAAAAUAUUCAAUGUCUAUAUGCACUAAAAAAGUGUUUCACUAUUUAA